AAGUGCUUUUUGUUCAUGCAUACAAAAAACCAAAAACAAAUCGGAAAAUAUACGAGAAAAGAACAACCAUCGGGUCUAAUUAAUAACAAAAUUGAUUAGAAAAUAAUAUUUGUCACGGAAUAGACGCAGUAUUUGUGCAAACUAAACGGAAUUAAUAAGAAAAAAUAGCGGAAAUGUCAAAUGAUCGUCUACCAUGUGAGCUUGACUGCAGCAACCUCGCUUCAGAAUGGAAAAAUUGGAAGAGGAAUUUUUUAAUGUACAUGAUAGCCACCAACAAAAUCGCGGAGACAGAAGCACGGAAAAUAGCAACUUUUUUGUGGCUUGUUGGUCCAAAAGCAUCGGAUAUAUUUAACACUUUGUUCCCGAAUGAUUCAAUGCUGGAAUCAAUUUUUGUCAAUCACCAUCCCAAUCAACCUGAGCCUGAACAUGAAGAGCCCGACCAAAACGAAGAUGAAGAGGAAGCAGAUGAUGAUGCAGAAAGUGUAGCAACGGUGGUGGUGGGUAACGAGAAUGGGCAAUUAACGUUGGAACUCGUUUUGAAGAAGUUUGAUGAGUACUGCUUGCCCCGAAAGAACACCACAAUGGAAACAUUCAAAUUCAACACAAUUGUGCAAAAAGACAAACAAAGCUUUGCGGAAUUUGAAACUGAACUACGCAAGCAGAUAAGUUAUUGUGAAUUCAAUUGUAAGUGUGGUGUUUCUUAUGAAGACCGCAUGCUCAGAGAUCGCAUUAUCAUCGGUGUUUGUGACAAAAAUUUGCAACUCAAAUUGUUAGAUGGAAAAAAUGAUCCAUUGAAAAAUGUUGUGGAGAAGUGCAAAACAUUCGAAGCUGCAACUGCAAACAAGAACAUUCUCGAUAAAGGUGUGAAAACACUCAAUGAAGUGAAGACAGAGCCAACUGAUUAUGAUGGUCAAGCAUGUGCGGUUUAUCGUGCAUGUUUCAACUGCGGUGGACCAUAUAAAUACGGACACAUGGACGAAUGUCGUGCAAAACGUGUUACCUGCAACAAAUGCUUAAAAGUUGGACAUUUCUCUAAGUUCUGUCGAGGUAAUCGAAAAAUGCAACCAGGAAAGAAGGACGACUCCAGCCACAACGGACAUCAAGAUAAAAGCCACAAUGGACAUCAAGAUAAAAGCCAGAACGGACAUCAAGACAAAAGCGGAUAUAAUGUAAAGAGAACUGGAAAUAACAAAGAAGUCAAUACUUUAACAUGGGAUAGCUCAGAAUAAAUUCUGUUUUCGAUAAUUCAAGUCAGUGGACAAAAACAUACUUGAUUGGGUCAGAACCUGUUAAAUUUAAGAUAGAUUCCGGAUCUGAUGUAAACUGCAUUCCUAUCAACGUUAUUAAGAAAAUCAAG